AAAUGAAACUUAACAGAAUGUACCAUGAGACACGUUGGGUGCUUUAGUGUCGCAUGAGUUUUAGACCAUUCUAUUGGUCCUUAAGGUCCUGGCUAUGCAAAACCAGCAGGCCCACUGCUUCAGCUCUCUCUGUGACAACAGCAGACAACAAUAUACAGAUCUGUGCAACACUAAAAUUUUUGAUUGGCUGCAGUUUUAGUAAUGGAACGAGGAAGAGGAAGGAUUCUGUUCCUGUUGACACUCUGUUUGCAAGACUUCACUGGUGAAUUCCAAGUUUCAGGGCAGCCCUCUAACCUGAGGAUAGUUCUGGUGGGGAAGACUGGAUCAGGGAAGAGUGCAACAGGAAACACCAUCCUGGGGAGAGAGGUGUUUAAAGCGGGGGCUUCUCCAGUGUCUGUGACUGCACAGAGUGAGAAACAGAGUGGAGUGGUGGAUGGGAGGAAGAUUGAUGUCAUCGACACCCCGGGACUCUAUGAUACAACAAUGUCUAAAGAAGAGAUAAAAAGUGAAAUAGUCAGGUGUAUAGAAAUGUCAGUCCCAGGACCUCACGCCUUCCUGCUGGUGAUCAGACUGGGGAGGUUUACAAAGGAGGAGAGGAACACUGUUAAGUGGAUCCAGAAGAACUUUGGAGAAGAAGCCUCAAUGUACACCAUCUUGCUGUUCACACAUGGAGAUCAACUGGAGGGGAAAUCAGUGGAAGAGUUUCUGGCUGAGAGCAAAGAGUUACGGAAACUCAUCAAUAUCUGUGGGGGCAGAUAUCACUCCCUAAUCAAUGACAAGAGAGAAGACAACACUCAGGUCCCAGAGCUGCUGAAGAAGAUAGAGGAGAUGGUGAAGAAGAAUGGAGGACAACACUACACCAACGAGAUGUACCAGGAGGCCCAGAUGAAGAUUGAAGAGGAGGAGGAGAGGAAGAAACAGGAGAAGAAGGAAAGAGACAGAGAGAGGAGACAGGAUGAGGAAGAAAGAAGAAGAAGAGAAGAGAAAUUGAAUGAGUGCAAGUGGUCAGCGUUUGCCAGUAUGGCUGCAUUGGGGUUGGGAGCCAUGUUCAGCUCUCCAUGGUCGUUAACAGCAGGGGCUACAUUAGCUGCUGUUAAAGGUUAUGAAUGCAUGGGCACCUAUUUCACCUCAGAAGACCAGGAGAAAUAAGAUUUCCACAUCCACCAUCUCAGAUUGUUUUGAAAUUAAGAUGAAUUAUUGUGUUAUAUAAUAUAAAUAGAAUGUGAUCUCUGAGAAAUUAAUAAAUAAAUACAAUUUAUUGUGCC